AUUGUCGUGUACGAUAUAGGAAACCGCCGAAGCCGCAACCCCAGCAAACACACCGGUUGAAUCUGAGCGGAGGCGGCGGUCCCCCCCGGCGGAAGACGUCUGGUUACGCGCGGCCGCAGUUCGCAGGUCCCAUGGAGUUGGAGACGUUGAUGGAGGAAGGGGCCUCGCCCGGCCCAGGUAGCCGAGAAGGCGACGCGCCGACGGCGGACGACGGCACUCGCGCAUCGCUCUCCAACGGGGACAAAGCUCCGCAUCGCCAUCGACAGCAACAACAACAACAACAACCACAACAAGGACAAGAGCAACUCAACUCGGCCGCCGCCAUGAAAUCGAAUUCCGAGCGUCCGCGCAGCUCGCUCAACCUUUACCUGGCCGCAUGCACGGUGAACAUGGGCGCGCUGGCCGCCGGUUGCGCACUCACGUGGUCGUCGCCGACUCUGGUCAAGCUUGAAAACGGCGACACCGGCAUGAAGAUCUCAAGCGACCAAUCCUCCUGGGUGGGCUCGCUGGUGACGCUAGGCGCGGCCAUCGGGCCGAUACUCGCCGGACUCCUGCUGGACCGGUUGGGUCGCAAGAACACGAUCCUCUUGAGCAUGAUACUGUCGGCCAUCUCAUGGAUCAUCAUCGGCGCGGUGCCCGGUAUCUUUUCGCUGUAUGUGGCCCGGGUGUUGGCUGGUAUCGCCGUCGGUAUCAUUUUUACCGCCGUCCCGAUGUACAUCGCAGAAAUAGCAGAGAUGCGUUUGAGAUCGUCGUUGGGCACACUGAUGCAGUUCUUCUUGGUCGUCGGAUUUUUACUCGAAUACAUUGUCGGACCAUACACUUCAUACCUGACGUUGGUCAUCGUGUCCCUGGCGACACCCGUCCUGUGUUUCGGCAUGUUCGUGUGGAUGCCGGACUCGCCACAAUCGCUGUUGAUACGGCCAGGGGGAGAGCAGAAGGCCAUGGAAUCGUUGAGGUGGUUGCGCGGUAACCCACAAGAGACAGCUCUGAUCAAAGAGCUCGAAGAGAUCAAGAAAUCCGUUGACGAAUCGAAGAAACAAAAGUCUGGUUUCGGCGAACUUUUCUCCAACAGAGGUAACAUCAAGGCGGUGAUCAUAUCCUGUGCCAUGGUAGCUUGGCAGCAGCUCAGCGGCAUCAACGUGGUGCUGCUGUACAGCGAGAAAAUUUUCUUGAAAACUGGCGUCGAACUCUCUGCCAGCGUGUCCACAAUAAUCGUCGGGACGGUGAUGUUGUUCGCUGCCGGUCUGACGCCGACAUUGGCUAAGAUAACUACCAUGAGAAUGCUGCUGUACAUUUCGGCAAUCGGAAUGGCAAUUACUGACGGAACGCUUGGCCUGUUUUUCUACUUACAAGAAUCAGGAAGUGAUGUGAGUUCUAUCGGAUGGUUACCGGUCACAAGUUUGGUGCUUUUCAUUAUCACUUAUUGUCUUGGUUUCGGUCCGCUGCCAUGGGCUAUUAUGGGAGAGAUAUUCCCGACCAAUCUUAAGUCCGGGGCUUCGGCUUUAACGGCCAGUUUCUGCUGGCUUCUGGGCUUCGUAUUGACAAAGUUGUUUAGUGCGGUGUCCGAUGCCAUCGGCAUAUAUUCUGUAUUUUGGAUAUUUGCCGUGUGCUGUAUAUUUGCGCUGUUGUUUACGGCGUUUUUGUUGCCACAAACCGAAGGCAAGACACUUCAAGAAAUCCAGGACAUAUUGCACGGCAGAAACAAGUCCUCGAACCACAAAAUGACCAGAGCAUGAUACAUGAUACAAUUUUGUACAAAAGUGACUGAUUAUUUUUCAUUUGAUUAAAGCUUCUCUAAAUUGUCUACACUAUAUUUAUAUUUAUGAAAUAUAAUAUUUCAUAAAUAUAAAUAUAUGUGAAAGACAACAGCCAAUAAAUUAAUUAUUGUUAGUCUUAAAACCAGAUAUUAGGUACAUAAUAUAUAGGUACAUUAAUACGAUUCAAAAAUCAAUACUGUAAAUUUUGUACUCAAUAUUUUUAUUUUUUUUUAUUUUAUAUAAUGAAGACUUUACUUAUACAUUAUUUGUUUAUUGUAAUAAUAUUAUUAAUAUUUAAAAGAAACUUAUCACACACCACUAUUCCAUCAAACACGAUCCAAUGCCGUGGUAGGUGCACUUUUAUCAUUAUAGUUUACAAUUGUAUCCGUGAAAUAGGUAUAUAUUUUGUCACACUAUUGAAUAACAUUAUAAUAUGUAUACCAAUAAUAUGUAAAUUUAUUAUUUUUUCAUUUGUUAAAAUCAAAGAGUAAAAAUAUUUUUGUAGCAUUUGUUGAAUAUAUUAUAAUUUUUUAAGUA